AUGUCUCUAAUCUCACAAUGGGUCGAUAACACCCUGGAAGCCACCGGCAUGGAUGCUGUGGAUGCUCUACGCGCGUUCUUCCUGCUGGCCGCCGCCACGCUAACGCCGACCCCUCGUAUGCAGACCAUCUCGAUCAGCAUCCCAACACCAUUGCGGUCCCGCUUCCUCACCUAUGGCCCACGCGCAACCUCGGCCUCGACCUCCACUAGCUCUGCACCACCUAACGCCCAAAACCCCUCCGACGAGAGCAAGGGCUUCCUUGAUUAUCUCGCGACUUGGCAGGUGCCACAUAGCUAUUUCACACAUUUCUAUGUUGCAUCCGUCCUAUCAUCGGUCUUCUGGGUUGUGCAAUUACUAUCGCGGGGUGUGAUGUUCCAGGCCAUCACAUCCCGCGUUAGCGAGGAACACCAACGGCGCUCCAUGUCCCUGACUCAGUUGGUGAUAUGUUGUGCAUUAUUGGCUAUACAGGGAUCCCGGCGCCUAUGGGAGUCUUUUAUAUUUUCAAAGCCUUCGUCGUCACAAAUGUGGUUUAUGCACUGGUUGCUGGGCUUGGGAUUCUAUCUAGCGGCAGGUGUCGCAAUUUGGAUCGAGGGUUCGGGCGCUCUGUUGACCAACAAACUGAAUAUUGCUCAUUUGCAGAUGACCAAUGCCCCAAGUUUGCGGACUUUCGUCCUCAUCCCACUUUUCCUAGUGGCGUCUGGUCUGCAGCACGAUUCCCAUCACUACCUGUUCUCGUUGAAAAAAUACACCCUCCCGGAGCAUCCUAUGUUCCGUGGGGUUGUCUGUCCCCACUACGGCGCAGAGUGCAUUGUGUAUCUCUCGUUGGCGCUGUUGGCUGCCCCGCAAGGUGAAUUGGUCAACAAAACUAUGUUGUCUUGUCUGGCUUUCGUCGCAGUCAACCUGGGUCUCACGGCUCGAAAUACCAAACAGUGGUAUGCGCAAAAGUUUGGCAAAGACUCGGUGCAGGACUGGUGGCUUAUGAUUCCUUAUGUGUACUAA